UUUCUCCUCAGAAAAAAAAUGUCCUCGAGUCGCAAGCAUCAUAUAAAGAGUUUGAUGCUGUCCAUCGCAAAAGGUUUGCUGGAGGAGGAGGAGAGGGAGCAAGAGGAGGAGAGGGGGAGGUACAUGGAGGAGAACUGUCCUGCUCUCUCCAUGCCCAGGAGCAUGCAGGAGCUGCAGGACCUGUCCAGGGAGAUCCACCACAAGAUCGACGUGAUCGAUGAGGAGAGAUACAACCUGGAGGUGAAAGUCAACAAGUCCGACAAGGAGAUCGAUGACCUGAAGAUCAAAGUUCAGGACCUGAUGGGCAAAUUCAAGAAGCCUGUCCUGAGGAAAGUGCGUAUGUCCGCUGACGCCAUGCUGAAAGCUCUGCUGGGCUCCAAGCACACAGUCAACAUGGACCUGAGGGCCAACCUGAAGCAGGUCAAGAAGGAGGUGAAAGAGGAGGAUAAGGAACUGCGUGACGUCGGAGACUGGCGUAAAAACAUUGAAGACAAAGCUGGUAUGGACGGCAGAAAGAAGAUGUUUGAGUCCGAGGCUUAA